AUGAAGAUCGAAACCUGUGCAAUAUGCAGGAACCAUAUAAUGGACACUUGCGUGGAAUGCCAGAAUGGUGUCAUAAGCAAUGAUGAAUGUAAGGUUUCAUGGGGUAUUUGCAACCAUGCAUUCCACACACAUUGUAUAACAAGGUGGCUGAGCUCCAAAAACGUUUGCCCUUUAGAUACAAAGAAGUGGGUUUAUUAUAACCCAGAGGAAAAAUAA